AUCUAGCUUAGUUCUAGUGCUCAUAGUUCUGGCAGGCAUGUCUUUUAGCACUUGCUUAGUUGCCUGGUUUGUGGUUUGCGUAGGUAUGACUUGUACAAGAGACACCAGUUUCCUCUUGGGCAAUUUCAUCAUUUCAACCAAUUUCUGUAAGUUUCCUCUCCACUUUGAGAAGUGUGGGAGCUGACAGGACAAAUGUGGCUGUUUGUCAGAAUUCCUUGCUGCUUCCCCACUAAGCUUUGAAACCAUUCAUGGAAACUGAUGGCAACGCUGUUGUUCCCUUGCGUCAGAAGACAAAAAAGAAAAGUCAAGGGUUCUUUAUAAUGAGCCGACGGAGGAUAUCGUGUAAAGAGCUGGGGCAAGCUGAUUGCCAAGGAUGGCUCUACAAAAAGAAGGAAAAAGGAGCUUUCAUUGGCAACAAAUGGAAAAAGUUCUGGUGUGUACUGAAGGAGUCAUCGCUGUAUUGGUACAGCAGUCAGUUGGCUGAAAAAGCAGAAGGAUUUAUCAGACUUCCAGACUUCAGUGUGGAUCGAGCAAUUGAAUGCAAAAAAAAGCAUGCUAUUAAGAUCAGCCACCCACAGAUCAAGACAUUUUAUUUUGCGGCAGAAAAUGUUCUGGAAAUGAACACGUGGCUAAGUAAGCUGGGGAUGGCUGUAGACCCUCAGGCACCCAAUGGGAAGAAUGAGGAAGAAUGCUACAGUGAAAGUGAACAUGAUGAUCCAGAAAUAACAGAUAUGCCACCUCCCCCCUACACAGUACAGCCAACACCACCUCCUUUGCAGGAUCAGCAGAAGUCUUCUUGCACCUCAAUUCUAUCAAAUGAAGCAUCUUGUUCCCUCUCUUCUCCUGAAAGCACUUUCAACUCCCAAGAGUCAUCUUCUUCCUUGACAUCCAAAGUGGUUUAUUCCGAGAGGCAGUCCUGGCUUGACCUAGUUAACAGCUCUGCCACAGAAGAUGGUGAUCAGCCUUUAACUUUCUGUGUACAGAUUCACUCUGAUGAGCCACCAGAAGCAGACUGCGGAGAAGUGGCAGAAAGCCAGGAGGCUGGGCUUUCCAAACCCAGUGGUGGAUCCCCAAAUUCUUUUUUAGGUCUGGAUACACAUUGUCUAGCUGUGCCAGAUGCAAUAGGACAGAGAUCACUAGCCAAAGAUCAGGAAAAAUGUGAUAAUGAUGAGAUGGAGCGACUUUACAAGUCAUUAGAACAAGCAAGCCUGUCUCCCAUUGGUGAUCGUCGGCUGUCAACAAAGAAGGAGCUUAGGAAGUCAUUUAUCAAACGCAGCAAAAACCCCUCCAUUAAUGAGAAGCUCCACAAAAUUCGAAUGCUGAACAGCACAUUAAAGUGUAAGGAGCAUGACCUGGCCACAAUUAACCAGUUGCUAGAGGACCCAAAGUUGACAGCAGUGAAGUACAGAGAGUGGAGGAACACAAACAUCAUGCUGGUCCACGAUAUUUAUCAGCAGCAGGAGGCCCAGGAUGUAUCCACAGAGAAUAGCGAGGAGCAAGAGAUGACUCCACAGCCUAUCACUGAAAGUUCUAUCUGAGGCCAUGUUUCAAAAGGUUCAUUGCAAGAUUUUUCCUCAUGGGUCUUCACGUACAGGCACUUUAAACUUCUGCAUUUUGAAGUUUGUUUUUUCCAAGUGUUCUUCGGAAGGAAAACAACCCCUUCUCCAAAGCUUUAAUACCUCUCGCAAAAUUCAUUUCAUGUCAAAAGGGCAAAUCUCCUAGGUUAAAAAAACCAUGCCUGAACCUGGGCUGCAUACCUAAAAAGACUACUUUAUGAAGAAGUGAAGAAAUGUUUUUCCAUCUUUGGAGAAGUAAAUUAAGUAUGUCCAACUCCUGGAAGUCACAGAGCUGUGUAAUACGUAUAGUAUAAAUGUGAGAUCUUUGGGGUUGUUUUAACCAUGUAACUUACCCUUAAAGGAAGCCAGCACAGUGCCAGCAGGAUAUAGUCUACUCUCUACCAUUUUACCCUGUAAGGUAACCUGAUGUAUGCAUUUUCAUCUCUACCUUCACUUUCGCAACUCUACAAGUUUAAACUCAGACAAGUAGAAUAGUAAUUAUGCAUGAGUUUAUACUAUAGACACCUGUCACCUGUCAGGCACCUGAUUUGUGCUCUGCCUGAUGUUUUAUGUGUUUCAAAUUUAUUUAUGGACCAGACCAAGGUAUUGUCUUUCUACAUGAAGAAGAGAAGGUCUCUCAAUGUUUGCUAACUCUUCAUUGAGGCAGCUAAUGCUUCAACAAGUUUCAACUUUUCUUACGGACUUGGCAGAAUUCCUUGGAAGAUUAUUUUCUUCUUUCUUAUUUUUGACUAUUGGGAACGUAUGAGGUACAAGUUCAUCCCAGAUUCCUACUUAGGAAGGUGAUCAAAUUCACAAGGCAGAAGCUAAAUAAUUAAAUCCCUGAUGUGGACCUGAAAGUGUAAAACAGAGCUGCAAAUAUUUUUGUAAAUAUAUGUCAUUUUAUGGCUUAUAUGAAUGUGACUAUGUACUGUAUAUAUGUUUUAUUUAUAUAUUUAUAUAUGCUAAUUUCCUGAUGUAGAUAGGCACACAAGGACCAGAUUGACUUGAAAUGCCUCUUCGGUUUUUGUUCCAUUAUGUAUCACUGUAAUGGUUCUACAGCUGAGAUUACUCUGGGACAUCUGUUGUAACUUUUCCUUCUGUCUUUCUAGCUUUGAGUUUUAGAUGAAGAAAAUCUGUACAACUUAAGCCAGGAAAAGAAGUUUUCUAGAAAGGUUCAGAAUUUCCAUUGGGACAAACAAUAAUAAGUAUGUUAAGAGGUUUGCUGUAGGAUCAUAAUUUUUUGACUUCAUUGUUCUCAGUAAGCCAAACCGAACCCUAAGCUUGAGUUUUAUCCUUCUUAUUUUCUGCAUAUAUAUAAAUAUGAGGAACUUUGCAGAUGCUGAAUAUUAAAAGACAAGAAUUAGCCUUCCAUCCUCAAUUUAAUAUCUCUACAGGAACUGUGGCAAUCUACUAUUUUGUAAAGAUAUUAUUUGCUAUUUUUUUCAACAUUUUAUCUUUUAAAGUGACAUACACUAUACAGAUGCAGCCAUAUAUUCAUUAGUCUUUAUACAUUAUAUAUUUUAUAAUAGCUUAACUGAGAAAACAAAAAAUAGUGAGAACAUGUGAAAUCUUUUCCACCUAUAUAGUAGUAAGUCUUACUGUUGAUAUUGCAUUUUUAACACUCAGUAGCUUUCCUUUUGAAAUAAUGAAAUUAAUGUCCCUGUGCAUCCAAAAAUGGCAGUUUAAUGCUGUUCUGAGUGUGAGACCUGAGGAGCAGAUGACAAGCUAUAAGAAAAGGGAAAUAGAAGGAAGAAUGUAGGCUCCUUUGAUCCAGGCUUUAAUGGCAAAGGGUCAGAGGAAAUGGGGGCUGGUUGGAUGCAGAAGCAGGGCUAUGCUUGGGACAGCAUCAUUGCUUCAGGUAUAAAAGGGUUUUGGAGUGUCAGGGUGAGGACUUAUAGUAGGGUCCGAACUUACUAAUUGGGGCUAAUCUGCUGCUGGGUACCAAAUAUUAGCUGAGACCUGAAAGUGGGUGACAGACUAAAUGGGGAAGCAGGCAAAAAACAGGUUAAAAAGGUAUUGGUUUUCAGGAAUUCGCAAUUGAGCAGUGAUUUCAUCACUUCACUAAUUCCAACUAGGUAGAAAUUAAGUAAACUCAGUACUUGGUGCAAUUUGAUUUAGAAUAAUCUUACAAAUUGAGCCCAUUUUUUUAGUUCCUUUUUUUUUUUUUUUUUUUUUAAAUCUUUCACCAUUCCCAAAAGACCCUCUGGACAGUGAGUGUCCUGCUUCUAACUGAAAUUCUUCAAAUUCUUCAAAGCAGAUGUGUAAGUGGGAGAGGGAUAGCCCCUGAAUUUCACAUGAUGUUGAUUAACCGCUAAGAGCACACUGAAAAUUAGGUGUGGCAGGGAUUAAUCUACUUGGUCCAUCUCAAUUUUGACUACCUGGUGCUAAAUAACUGAUGAAUAAUGGAGGUCAAAUUACACGUAUAUUUUCUCUUGCAAGAGUGAGUUUCUCAUAAAACAAAGCGUGUAAGCACCUUUCUUCUUCAAAAGCAUCUUCACUUAAAAACAAGCACACACUUAAGUGACCUGUCAAACUGGGCCAGAUGAGUCAGCACCUUGCAGUUCUGAGCAAAGUCCCAGUCAGCUCUGCUGAAGUAAAUUUGCGCUAUACAAAGGAAAGCACUAUGUAGUCUGCAAGUGCUGUGCUGGCUCUUCUCACACUGUGUUUGUAUAAGCAUAUACAAAAGAGGCUUUCCAAAUACAGAGAUAGAGAAAUGUCUUUGAACUGCCCAAACUUUACUGUUGUUUUUGACAGAUUAUGUAGCCUAAAUUAACUUUUAAAUUAUUCUUUUUCAGAUGGUCAGUAGAUACUUAUUGUUGAGCUACUGAGGUUUUGGAAACCUGCUGAGGAUGGGUUGUAUCACUCUUGUAGAAAAGAAUAGAAAAUUCUUGACUGGGGUUACUUUAAUGCAGAUCUUACUUUAACAAAUUUCUGUGUGUUCAGGAAAACAAAUGUAUGGGGCUUAUGCAAGUGCAUUGCUGGGAGUCUUUCUCCAUUCUCUUCUGCUACUGUUUAGAUCCAAAACAAAUCUAAAGUGUGGGAAAUGCAAAAUAAAAAUUAUAGCAAAAUAGGAUUCAUUUCACAGCAUUGCUAAUCAAUGUGACAGUUUUCACCUGGUGCUGGGUUCAUCACAAGGGGCUGUGCAACAAUGAGAAAGCCACAAUCAAAGAAAGAAGUGUGCACAAGCUGGCAGCUACUAGUGACGCAGCGGGGAGCCACCUUGGCAGGAGAAACUUGAACAACUUUGUGCUCUGCUCAGUGACACUUGGGGUGAAUGGUAUCUGUUGGUCUGACUUUGGAAGGCCUGCAUUAUUGACUCAUAGUGUAGGGAAACUGUGACAUCCCUUGUGAAUGUCCAAACGUCUUUAACUGUCUGUUUAACCAUCUGCCUCAUGGGACUUGUUUUAUAUACUUUUUCAGGAGAAAGUGUGUGCAUAGAUGUGUGCACAUCCGCAAUUACUCCUUUAUUAGUGAAGCUUUCUGAUAUUAGUGCAGGAAGUCCAGCUAUGUAGAUUUUGGAGUAACUAAUGACAAUAUCUAAUUUCAGUUGGUUUUGCAGCCUGUCUCUGGUGACUUUUCUGGAAAUCAAAUCUGUUUUGUUGGUGUAAAUCUCAUGAGUUAGCAGAAUGAGGUGGAAUCAUAUUUCCUUUCCUAAGAUGGGGCAGGUUUCGUAUGGGGACUGUGAAUUUUUUCUGCAUCUAGUUCAGAGGAUUUACUCCAAAUUGGGUUUCACCUGAAACAAGAAUAAAUAGGAAUAAAUAACGUGCUAAACCUUU